AGCAACGUGCACCUUUGCUUAGAUCGUGCGUCAUCUUCCCCCAAUCUAAUGACCACAAAUGAUUCGAAAGGGAGUGCAAAAACUUGCUCGUCGGUGACCUAGUUAGUAAUAAUGACUGUUAUUGUGGAUUACAUAUGACAAUUUGAAAUUUUGGUUCAGACUUUAGCAAGCAUCAUGGAACUUGACAUGUUUGAUUUGCUCUCGCGGGCCACAUCAAAUGAUGUGGUGGGCCAGAUCUGGCCCCUGGGCCUUGACUUUGACACCCGUGAUGUACAGUAUGACUAACAUUCAAUAAAAGGGGCAUUUGGUGUGAAGCGCUCCCUUUCGCUGGGACGACGAGGCAUGCGGAGAAUGUUGCGUUUAUGACCAAAGGUAAGCUUUGAAAUGUUUCAAUCUGUCUGCAAAAGUCUUUUUUUUUUAACCAAUAACAACAGCGGUGAGCAGGAAGCAUCCUUCCACUCCUGCGUUUUUCCACUCAGAAACCCCCCCCCCCCCCCAAAAAAAAUAACGGGGAUAAAACCCCCCUGGUGGUGUGUUUGUGCGCCUCUUUUCGGUGCUUUACUCCUUAUUUAAGGCCAAUAUUUACCCAACACCCCCAGGGUGAGAUUACCUCAUCUUCUACCGCCCAGCUGCUCUUUCUCAGCGUUUCCACGACGACCGGCGGAAUGUCCCGUCAUGUUUAUCUGCCCCGACCGAAAAACGGCGAAGGCGGCGGAGGCGAGAUGAUGACAAUCCAGUCGUGUGAGUGUGCGCAAGAUAAACACUCGCGUUAGUCCGCAACGAAUCAUCUAUGGAUGCUCUCCUUGAACCGGCCUCGUUAAUAACGUGUAUAAAAUCUCCUAGUAACCAUUUAGUACAUCUUAUAAAUAAAUACAAUAUAACUUACUCUUAUCUUCUUGAUUGAUGUGUUCCUCUCUAUUUAAAAAAAAAAGAAUAGUUUCUUGUAUUUAAGUGUAUUAGAUAACACGACAUGUAAUAAAAAGUACUCAAAACAUAUUAAAGCACCUCCCCCUCCCCACAAAAUUAAUUAUGUCAGCAGUUAAUGCUCUCGAGCAAGGGGGGGGGGGGGUCAAACUCAUGGCGGCCCAUGGUUGAGCUUUCAAAAAUUGCAGAGCCGAAAGUCCAAAAUGCAAUGUGAUACAUCUUUGUUUAUGUCGCGGAUUUCCCAAAAGCUUCAGCUGGAACAAAACGCUCUACGGAGCAUAGGACGUAAAAUAACAAAUAUAAUAUAAGGGAACAAUUAAAACACAGACACAAAUUUGAGGAACCUACGCAAUAUUUAGUGACUUUUCUUCAAAUAUAUUGCACUUGAUAAAUAGUGCCUUUGUCAUAUAAAACUAAUACUAAAACUAAUUAAAAUGAAUACGAGACAUUCAAAAAUCGCUGAACUAGCUGAAUUUUUUUUUAACCCUCAGAGAACCCAAGAACCCUUUUCUUCUUUGGAAAAUGAUGAAUUAUACAUUAAAUGACUGCUAUAUGUUCACCGAACACCAAAAUCUUAUUUUUUUUUCCCCAAAUAUUCAAUGCUUUAAUCCUAAUAUAGGCUGAGAGCCAAAUUUGACCCUUUGGCAUUUGAGUAGCAGAAUUUAUAGGGGCCAAAUUUGACCCCGUGGGUUCUCCAGGGGUUUAAAAAAAAGUUUCUGAAAAAGGAUUUUAUUUUCUCCCAUUGAUGCCUCCAAAAUACAUUGAGCAGAACCAUGACCAAGCGUUUUCUUGAGGGAAUACAAAUAUUAGCCCCUCGAAGACCCUUGCGACACCCUCCCCCCUGCAAUGUGUACACUUCCCUGCCAUGGGAACUGGCAAUUAUUUGCUCUAAUUUGCAACAGAAAGCUUUUUUUUUUUUUUUUAACUCUGUGGUGACUGUUUGGGAAUGUUCUAUUUAGUCUUCUCGUAGGGCUCUCUUAAGUGAUUACAAAGUGCGGCAAUUCAGCCGGCGAGGAAGAAAGGAGGAAGUGCAAAUACGACCGCGUGACCCUCUUGUGGAGAGGCCCCGCCGUUGUGCAGAAGCUCGCGAAUGGGCUCUCCAAGAGGACGGACGUCGCAUCCCCUCGGACGGAGAGAUUCUUCUAGCCGCUCGACUGGCAUGGGCGCGUUGCGGGCUGCCGCGCGCUGGUCACUGGCGGAAAGAGCAGGAUCGGGCCUUUUGGACGCCGGCCAAAUAGGAUCUCACCCUGUCGCGCUCCAUCCGGAAUCAGACAAAAGGCCAGUCGGGCUUGGAAGAGAUGCUUUCAUCCUUACGAUAACGGACAUAUAAAAAAAAAAAAGGAAAAAAAAGAGGAUCUUUUGGGCGAAACGUUUGGACUCGGAGAUGGAGGUCCAGAGCCGACUGCUGAACUCGGCCUUGAUCCACUUGGAUGUAAACCUGAUGGAUUUUCCGGCAAAUCAGCAAGCGGCAACCGACAGUCCGGACAGCGACGCGUCCUGGAGCCCCGAGCGCGGCUCGCGCGCGGAAGAUCAUCGAGGAAGAGGAGGAGGAGGAAGGUCCGGCAGGUCCAAGCGGAGGAGGAUCAUCACGGUGGUCCAGCGACAGGCGGCCAACGUGCGCGAGCGCAAACGGAUGUUUAGUCUGAACGAGGCGUUUGACGCGCUCAGGAGGAAAGUGCCCACGUUCGCCUACGAGAAGAGACUCUCCCGCAUCGAGACGCUGCGGCUCGCCAUCGUCUACAUCUCCUUCAUGAAAGACCUUUUGGAGAACACUUAGCGUUUCACUCCAUCCGGCGCGCCAUCCGUGACGAAUAUUUGACAUCCGGAAUUGUCCACCAAGUUCCGAGUCGCAACUUCUUCAAAUCGAUCUGCCUUUUUAGUUUUUUUUUUUGUUUUUGAUUGCGUCAAUCGUGACGCUGCAGUCGUAAUAAUAGCUACAUCCCGCACCUUUGAUCCAAUCGGAAAUAAAGAUUCCAUUUUGAUUGACAAUCAAUGCAGCAAUGUCUCCUAAAUUGGGGUGCGCUUCACAAGAGAUUUUUUUUGUUGUAAUAUUUUGUCACUUGGUACUCGGAACUCGUGCAAUUUUGCAUCGCUGGGCUGGAGAUUACAAUUUGAAUUCAGGAAAAAAAAGGGGGGGGGCGGAUUAAUAACAAUUACCUCAAAUCAGUCAAAGGUGG